AUGGCGAUGGCCACAGCAGGGGGCCAGGUCACCAAUAUCCAUAACUGCGGAGUGCAUGACAUCGUGCUCAGGAGCAGAUACGACCCCAACAGAUCUCUCAGGCUCAGUGCAAUCGAAUUGAAGUGCAUCUCCCGCACCAAAUUCCCGAUCCUGAGGGACAACCUGGGACUCUUCCCCGCAGCCGACCAAGUCGAGAUCGGCGAGUCUGAGUACGUCGACAUCUUGCUGGGAGUAAGGAACUUGUCGGAGAUAGGCUUCGCGAACCCAAAGACGCUGAACCGAAUAUUCGCGUUCGAAACAAUCUUCGGAUGGAUAUUCGGCGGCUCUGAGGGAGCAUCGCGGACCCACAGUCCAUUGCCGAAAUUCUGCGGGUUCGCCUUGGCGCAACCGAGCUCACCAGUAGGUCUCAGUGACGCCGCCCUCUCCCCUACCGGACCCAUGAGUCUCUCAGAGGACGAGCUCCCAGAGUGCACGGUGUCGAAAAACACCAAGAAGGACAUCGAAUGCCUAUGGCUAUCAGAAGACCUAGGUCUCGAAGACAUCGGCAACGAGCUCAAGGAAGAGGAAGACAACCUCACGAAAGCCCUGAUCGAUCACUUCAAGAAAACGACAGUCAGGGACCCCACAGGAACUCAAGGAAACCCAGUCAAGCUCAGGGCAGUUGAUGAAGAAAUCAAAAACUACAUCAACGCGGGAUUCGCAGAGCCAGCUCAACCAAGGUCACGCGACCAGCUCGCUCACUACCUGCCAAUCCAGGCAGUAUUCAAGGCGAACCCGGAAUCUCCCCUGGGUUUGAAAACCCGAGUUGUCAAGGACGCGAGCGCCCGUCGAUCAAACGAAGCUGGUCUCAAUGACGUACUUCAUCAGGGACCAAAUCUACUCCCCAACUUAAUCAAAGUGAUACUGAAGUUUCGCCAGUACAGAUACGCCGUAGCGGCGGACAUAGAAAAAGCUUUCCAACAAUUCAGGAUUGCCCCAGAGGAUCGCACCUUCCUACGAUUCCUUUGGCCAUUGGGAAUAUCAACCAACGAGUCAGCCCCAGUGAAAGAAUUCUGGGCGACCAGACUAGACUUCGGACUAGUCUGCUCCCCAUUUCUACAUUGCCAAGGGGUGCGUUCUCACCUGGAGUACGCACAAUCAAUAGACCCCAAGGACAAGAAAUUCAUCCAAGAGAUUAUCGACACCUUCUAUAUGGAUGACAUUUGUCUAGGAAGUGACAACCUCGAGGACGCGAAAUACAAAAUUUCGCUCCUAUUCGACAUCUUCCAGGAAGCGCACAUGCCCCUCAAGAAAUGGGCGUCAAACAGCACAGAGCUGGGAGAAUUCAUCAAGGAGCACUCACCGGUCAAGGACCCAUCAAUAUCCACCGGCCAAUUAGACGGCAAAUUCUUAGGGAUCCCUUGGAACCAGCAAAUGGAUCUUUUAUCGGUGCCAACCAAUAAGGCCAUCAACGAGCUCCAAUCAGGAACACCUUCAAAAAGAAAACUCCUCAGAGGACUCGCCCAAAUCUUCGAUCCAUUGGGAAUUAUGGGUCCGACAACCAUAAACGCCAAAAUAUUGCUUCAGAAACUAUGGAAAUCGAAGAUCGGAUGGGACUUAGCCUUAGAGGGGCCGCACGCGGAAGAAUACGCGAGAUUCACGGAUUUGCUCAACAAGGACAAAGUGUCAAUCUCGCGCCACAUGCUCUCAUAUACAGGCGACAAGUCGCGCAGAGAACUCCACGUGUUCUCCGAUGCAAGCUUGAAUGCAUACGGCUGCGUCAUCUACCUCCGAGAGAGCUCUGGAAAUACGAAACCGAUUACCCAUUUCGUUAUGGCGAAAGCUAAAGUAUGUCCGGUCAAGCCAAUGUCGAUCCACCGCCUAGAGCUUUUGGGCGCGCUUCUCGCCAGCCGACUGCUAUCAUCAGUCAAAAGUCUCAUGGACAUACAGAUCGACUCGGCCCAUCUAUACACCGAUAAUUCGAGCGUCCUAGGAUGGGUAAACUCGGAACCGGAGCGCUGGAAACCAUAUGUAGCCAACAGAAUCCGGCGUAUCCACACUCUCGUCGGCCAGACCGUCUGGAAAUACGUGAAAUCAGAGGAAAAUCCAGCCGACCUCAUUUCAAGAGGAGCAGACCUCUCUUCCGAUCACAACAGAUCACUAUGGCUAAAGGGACCUCAGUGGUUGGAAUCGCUGACGUCAGACGUCGAGCGCGCACCCGCGAACAUUGUCUUCGGAGACACAUCAGGAAAACAAUUCGAUCCGGAACGCCGACAGAAUGUCUCCUGCAUGGCAGCCACAUCGGCCAAUCCACCGGCCACAGAGGAAAUAUUCUUCGAGAAUAAGUUUUCUUCUUGGCUCAAAGCCGUUCGCUUUUGGGCUCUCAUGCAGAGACUCGUGACGAAGGCACAGGACAUAAGAGAUCGAGUUGCUCAGGGAAUCAGUUUCCAACGGAAACCCGCGCAAAAACAGGGUGUCGAAUUCGAUGCCGAAGAAUUGCUCAGGGCCAAAACAUCUCUACUCCGACUAAUCCAAGAAAAAUAUUUUAAGGAGGAGACAGAAAAUCAAUGCAAAAACGUCAGGCGUACGAGCGUAUUGUAUCAGUACAAUCCGGUCAUGGACCCCGACGGUCUCAUACGAU